CACGCCAUUAUAAAUUCAAAUUUAGUGCAAAGGAGAGUAUAAAAAAUCACGAUAAGCAGAGAACCGACACACUUGGAUAUCAGUUGUGUGUUCAGUUCACUUCAAGUUCAAACUUUGAGAUUUAGCAACAAUUAUGAAGGCGAUCUUACCAACUUUCUUCACAAUCCUUUUACUUUGUUUGGCAUGCGUGUUUGGUCAUUUUAUCCGUGACGAGGCUGAAGACGAAAUUUUCUCCCAAGAUGAACAGACAGGGAGUACUUGCAGUGCAGUAAAAGCCAGAAUAGAUUGUGGUUACGUGGGAAUAAAACAGUCGGAAUGCGAACAUAACAACUGUUGCUGGGAUAGCAGCAAGCCAAAAGACUAUUUUUGUUUCUACAAAGGCAGCGAGUGCAAAUCGGUGGACCCGACGCAGCGAUUAGAUUGCGGUUACUAUGGAAUCAAGGAAAAGGAAUGUUUGACUAAAGGCUGCUGUUGGGACAAAGCUAUGAAGGAGUUCCCUGGUGUUUUACCAAAGUAGUGCUUGCGAUGUUGUAAAACCACAAGACAGAAUUGAUUGCGGAUACUUAGGAAUAGAUGAAAGCGAAUGUGAAAAGAGAGAAUGUUGCUGGGAUAACAGCAUACCUGGUGUCAACUACUGUUUUUACAAAGGAAGUGUUUGAACGACGAUUUCUGGUACAAGGAACGAUGUAGUACAUUAGUAUUGUCAAAUUAACUAUGGUUGUUGUAGUCAAAUAUAUUCUUUUACUGUGGCA